CCAGCCUAUAUAUAUAAAUUAUUUUAUUCUUCUCUUCAGUCCUUCACUCACACUCAAACUUGGAUUUCCCUCAAUUCUCUUAUUCUCUCCGAUCCUUGGCUUUUUUCCCACUUUUGAUAUAUGGCUUUGCAAUCCAUGAAAGCGGUGGCGCAGAAGAUACCGCCGCCGCCACUCGCGGCGGUUGAUGUUCAGAAUUUCAAGAAAAAGCGUUCCAAGCGUCCGCUCACCGAGAGCCUGCCGCCGCCUGAGACAGAAGAAGAGUAUCUUGCUCUCUGUCUUGUCAUGCUCGCUAGAAGCGGCGCCACCGUCCCUGGCGCAGGAAAGAAACAGAGGGUGGACAGUGAGGCGGUUUCUCCGCCGCCAUACUCGACGGGGGAGAGGGUGGCGGAUCAAGAACUGUCCUACAAGUGCACCGUGUGCGAUAAAGCCUUUUGUUCCUAUCAAGCACUUGGUGGGCACAAGGCCAGCCACCGCAAACACAUCCUCGGCGCCGACGAUGGCCACCCCUCCACGUCAGCUUCCGUCACGGUGGCGGUGGCGGGACCGAACGUCUCCGCCCUGAACCCUACCGGCAAGCCCCACGAGUGCUCCAUCUGCCACAGGUCCUUCCCCACCGGUCAAGCUUUGGGAGGCCACAAGCGCCGCCACUACGAAGGGAAACUCGGCGGCGGCGGCGGAAGUAAAGACGGUGGCCGCAGUGGAAGCGCCGUCACAUCCUCCGAAGGCGCGGCGGGGGUUUCAAGCCGCGUGAAGCUGGAAUUUGACCUGAACGAAUUGCCACCGUCACCGGAUUUGGAGCUUCGCCUGAGCGUUGACUUCGCCGGAGAGGGUCAACCAGUCGCCGACGACCACGAAAUAGAAAGUCCCGUGCCGGUCAAGGAACCGCGUUCAUCGUUUCGGGAAGACGUGCUUAAUUAAUCAAUAUUUAUUGAAAUUUGAUUGUUAAUUCUCAAUUAAACAUAAUUACUGCGAGGGUUAAUUUCCUAAUCUGAUCUUAAUUCGUGUACAGAUAGAGAGAGCACGUACGUAGUAGUUGAAUUGAACUCGAACUUCUCCCCAUUCAUUCAUUGAAUUGAAUUGAAUUUAAUAAUAAGAAUGUUCUUACCUUAGCUUGGGUUGUGUACAAAUAUCAUUGGUUAGGUCAAUUUUCAUAUGAUGCCUAAUUUUAUUCUCAC